AGUGUUCGGCCAGCAGGAGCGCCACACGAAAAGUCUGAAACACCAGUAAUGUUUACAUUGGCUGGAGUCUAUGGUCUGAAGGAACAACUGAACAGUGUAUCAACUGUCCUGUAAACUGGUAGAUACACGCCGUUGAAUGAUAUUAUUUAAUCAAGAGUAACGGGCAAGGUAGGUUAAUAUAUAAAUAAAGGGUUUAAGUGCAAUUACGCCAGGGUUAACAUUAGCAGUAGCGAAAGUUCGCAGGUAGUUAGCAGUGUGCUAGCAGGCCGCGGAGCCUCGUGUUUUCUUGGCUGAGUAGAGCGGGACGGAGGAGCCGCGAGGAGGCUGCGGUCUGCUAACGAGUUUACGGAUGGACUGCUGAUACGUUCCACUCUGUCUAUACUGGAACCAUCAGCUUCACAAUGUCCGCUGACAGGGAGCUCAACAUGGACGCUGCUGACGACAACAAACUGGUCAGAGCGAAGGCAGAGUUCCACUCUUUGCUGCAACACGCAGGAGCUGCUAAAGACGUGUUCACCAUGAAGGAGGUGAUGUUCUACCUGGGCCAGUACAUCAUCCAGAAGCAGCUGUAUGACCAGAAGCAGCAGCACAUCGUCCACUGCUCCCACGAUGCACUGGGGCGGGUGCUGGGAGUCGACAGCUUCUCUGUUAAAGAGCCACGAGUUCUGUUUGCUAUGAUCACCAAGAACCUGGUGGCUGUGAAGAGCCAAGAUUCACCGCCAAGCUUGAGUGAAGCACACAGUGACAGUCAGACAGACGGAGGGACAGAGGAGGCGGAUUCAGAAAGUCGCUCUUCAUCGCCAGACAGGAGGGGAAGGCGGAGGAGGAGGAGGAGCAGCAGCUGCAGGAGCAGUGACCCAGGGCCCUCCCACAGUCUAGAGGGGGAUGAAGAUGAGUCGGAGGACGAAGAGGAAGAGGGAGGCAGGAAGAGGAGAAGGUCUGACAGCUACUCCCUGACCUUUGAUGACAGUCUGUCGUGGUGCGUGAUUGGUGGACUGGAAAGUGUACGGGACAGACACAGCAGCCAAUCAUCUGACUCACACAGCACUUCUGUGAGGUCAGAGGUCACGGUCGCAGACUCGGACAGCGACAACUUCAGCGUCGAAUUUGAGGUUGAGUCCAUCGACUCCGACGACUACAAUGAAGAUGAUGCCUCUCUGUCUGCAGAUGACCAGGUAUACGAGGUCACCAUAUUUGAGGCAGAGGAGGAGGACUCCUUUGAUGAAGACACAGAGAUCACUGAAGCUGACUACUGGCGCUGUGCGAAGUGUGACGAGUUGAACCCACCUCUCCCCAGAAACUGCCGCUGCUGCUGGGCACUGCGCCAGGAUUGGCUGUCGGAGGUGUCCGCCUCCUCCAGUCCAAAAGUCCUACCCCCAAAGUCAACCGACCUAUCAGCAGCCAAAGAAGCUCCAGGUUCUGAUGUCGAGGACAACGAAGGAGUCGAUGUUCCAGAUGGGAAAAGAGCGAAAACUCCUCUCCUGUCGCAGUGCCUGUCUGACUCCGCCUCCUCUGCACCCAACUCCCAGGACCCCCUCGCGUCCUCGCAGCCUUCGUCCUCCUCGCAGCAGAAGCUCUGGGCUCCUGACUCCCAGCCCUCCUCCUUCUCCUCCUCCUCCGUCGACUCCCAGGAGCUUCUACCGUCUUCCCCCACCAGUCCUCCACCUCCUCACCCUGCGGCCCCCGAGCUGGAGCGCAGCGUGUCGGCUGAGUGGCGGCUGCCGGACUCGUGCCUGGACCCCUGUCUCAUAUGUCAGUCCCGGCCAAAGAACGGCUGCAUUGUCCACGGACGGACGGGACACCUGAUGUGCUGCUACGUCUGCGCCAGGAAGCUGAAGAAGAGGAACAAGCUGUGUCCGGUCUGCAGGCUGCCCAUCCAGUCCGUCGUCCUCACCUACAUCAGCUGAGACACCCAGUCUGUCCUUACUGACAUAAGAUGAGACUGUCCUCACCCUCUCUUUCCUCACCUACCUCAGCUGAGUCACCCAGUCUCUCCUCACCCUCCGUCUGUCCUCACCUACCUCAGCUGAGACAUCCUGAGACUUCAGUUCACAGUUCAAUAAUAAUAAUAAUUCCAUACACGUCACAGUAACACCAGAGUGACUUUAGAUAAUAACCGUAUUAAGAGUUCAGUUUCAAGUUUUAGUUUCACUUCUGUGCUUCUGUCCAUCGGCACAUGUUCACACUCUCUUAGUCUCUUUAUUUUUCUUUAAAUUAUUUUUCAUUCUGAAGUUUUACCUAACAUCUAAAUUAUUUGUUUAUUUAAAGUUCCAAUGAGACGACCUGUAGGGAGACCGAAGUGGGAAAAGUUCUCUAGUGUUGGUUUAAGAUGCAUGUAUACAUAUAUAUGUAUAUAAAUACAGUAUAUAUAUAUAUAUAUAUAUAUAUAUAUAUAUUUAUAUUUAAACAGACUUUUUCUAUGAGCUCUUUCAGUAAUAAGAUGAAUGUGAGAUUAAUAUUUUCUGUUUAGGCUUUUCUGUGAACUGAAUAAAAGUUUAACUUCUUCA